UCAGCGCGCGUCUCUCGCGACAGGUCCGUGCGUCUCGCUCGAGGAGGAUCAGAGGCUCCAUAUUUAGCCGUCGCGAGUUUCGCUGAGGCUCUGAGUGUCAGAGAAACCCUGCGAGAGAGAGACAGAGUUCAGCUCCCAACUUAUUUAAUGCCACCGCCGGGGUAAAACGGAGGGAAUACGCGCUGUCGAAAAGCCUCGAGCUUCGAGGACGGAAUUCAUGGAUGAUCGGGGACCGUCGCCUGUGGCGUUUCACGGGAUUUUUUCUCCUCACAGAUGGGAAUGUAGCUUAGCUGGUUAGCUUGGCCGCUAGCAGAAGCAGGCUAGCUGUGUCGAAGAGCGGAGGCGACAUCAGUUGACUUUUACUCGCUGUAGCGUCAUAACACCUCAGCAGACCGCCUCGGUCUUUCCAGAGACGCGUUUCUGAAGGCGUCGCCGUCACAGAAACAGCGAUUCGGGACUGUAUUCGGGCAGGUUGAGGGGAACUUCUCGUCUUAGCUGGCUGGCUAGCUCGCCGUCACAUCAGUCUGUCAAACCGAACCUGAAAUCCAGACCGGAUAGUUGGAGCCACCUCAGCCUCCUCUGAUACACGAGCUUCUGGGGAGGUGGAUUAAUUAGGAGCCCGUAAACCGGGAGGUGACGCUCGCAUUGGGUUAACGGAACCGGCCUCUGAAGUUCGUCUACUACGAGCCGGGGACGGAACCGGACAGAGACCUCAUGAAUGGAAAUCGGAACUACAGGAGCCGUUGGGGCCCAGGCCCUGUUCUCCGUGCCACGGAGGCCCGGCUAUGGCACCGUGGGGAAACCCAUCAAGCUGCUGGCCAACUGCUUCCAGGUGGAGAUCCCCAAGAUGGACGUGUACCUGUAUGAGGUGGACAUCAAGCCUGAGAAGUGUCCACGCCGCGUGAACAGGGAGGUCGUGGACUCCAUGGUGCAGCACUUUAAAGUCACCAUCUUUGGGGAUCGAAGGCCAGUUUAUGAUGGGAAGAAAAGCCUCUACACCGCCAACCCACUGCCUGUGGCGCCUGCGGGGGUGGAUCUGGACGUUACGCUGCCAGGGGAGGGGGGUAAAGACCGACCCUUUAAAGUCAGUAUUAAGUUCGUGUCCCUGGUGAGCUGGCAUCUGUUGCACGAGGUACUAACGGGUCGCAGUAUGUCAGAGCCGCUGGAGCUGGACAAGCCAAUCAGCACCAACCCAGUUCACGCUGUGGACGUGGUGCUACGCCAUCUACCCUCCAUGAAGUACACUCCCGUGGGCCGCUCGUUCUUCUCUGCCCCGGAGGGCUACGACCAUCCUCUGGGUGGAGGCAGAGAGGUGUGGUUCGGCUUCCACCAGUCUGUCCGGCCGGCCAUGUGGAAGAUGAUGCUCAACAUUGACGUGUCAGCCACAGCUUUCUACAAAGCACAGCCAGUUAUUCAGUUCAUGUGUGAGGUACUGGACAUCCACAACAUCGACGAGCAGCCUCGGCCCCUCACAGACUCCCACCGAGUCAAAUUCACCAAAGAAAUCAAAGGUACGUGUGCUUGUGUGUUCGUGUGUGUGUGUGCGCAUGUGUUCGUCCCGCUCUCAUCGGCUGGGUUGUGUGCAGGUCUGAAGGUGGAGGUGACACACUGCGGAACCAUGCGGAGGAAGUACCGGGUCUGCAAUGUGACCCGCCGGCCCGCCAGCCACCAAACGUUCCCUUUGCAGUUGGAGAACGGCCAAACUGUAGAACGAACAGUAGCUCAGUAUUUCAGAGAGAAGUACAGCCUGCAGCUCAAAUACCCCCACCUGCCCUGCCUACAGGUGGGCCAGGAGCAGAAACACACCUACCUGCCCCUGGAGGUGUGUAAUAUUGUAGCAGGGCAGCGGUGCAUCAAGAAACUGACAGAUAAUCAAACCUCCACCAUGAUCAAAGCCACAGCGCGAUCCGCACCAGACAGACAGGAGGAGAUCAGCAGACUGGUGCGCAGUGCUAACUAUGAAGCAGACCCGUUUGUACAGGAGUUCCAGUUUAAGGUGCGAGACGAGAUGGCCCACGUGACGGGGCGCGUGUUGCCCGCGCCCAUGCUGCAGUACGGGGGCAGGAACCGCACUGUGGCCACACCCAGCCAUGGAGUCUGGGACAUGAGAGGGAAACAGUUCCACACCGGCGUGGAGAUCAAGAUGUGGGCCAUCGCCUGCUUCGCCACACAGAGACAGUGCAGAGAAGAGAUCCUCAAGGGUUUCACGGACCAGCUGCGUAAGAUCUCAAAGGAUGCUGGGAUGCCGAUCCAGGGUCAGCCGUGUUUCUGUAAGUACGCACAGGGCGCCGACAGCGUGGAGCCCAUGUUCAGACACCUGAAGAACACCUACUCCGGACUGCAGCUCAUCAUCGUCAUCCUGCCCGGAAAAACCCCCGUCUACGCGGAGGUGAAGCGUGUGGGAGACACUCUUCUAGGAAUGGCCACUCAGUGUGUUCAGGUGAAGAACGUGGUGAAGACCUCGCCUCAGACGCUCUCCAACCUCUGCCUCAAAAUCAACGUCAAGCUCGGCGGCAUCAACAACAUCCUGGUGCCGCAUCAACGGCCGUCAGUGUUUCAGCAGCCGGUCAUCUUUCUGGGGGCGGAUGUGACGCAUCCACCUGCAGGAGACGGGAAGAAACCCUCCAUUGCAGCGGUGGUGGGCAGUAUGGACGCUCAUCCCAGCAGGUACUGCGCCACGGUUCGCGUCCAGAGACCCAGACAGGAAGUGAUUCAGGACUUGGCCUCUAUGGUGCGAGAGUUACUCAUUCAGUUCUACAAGUCCACUCGCUACAAACCCACCAGAAUCAUCUUCUACAGGGACGGCGUGUCUGAGGGCCAGUUCAGACAGGUGUUGUAUUAUGAGCUGCUGGCCAUUCGAGAGGCCUGUAUCAGUCUGGAGAAGGACUACCAGCCCGGCAUCACUUACAUAGUGGUGCAGAAACGCCACCACACGCGCCUCUUCUGUGCGGAUCGCAACGAGAGGGUGGGUCGCAGCGGAAACAUUCCUGCUGGUACAACAGUCGACACGGAUAUCACACACCCCUACGAGUUUUUUUACUUUUACCUCUGCAGUUGCUGGUGGCACUAG